UGUCGGCUUCUUACAAUUGUAUCUAUUGUUAUUGUUGUUUAUUAACGCGAAAUGACUGCAAUGCUGCAAUCACCCAUUGUGCAGCCCACGCUGCAUCAACCACUUCACUCAAAAGUGUCAAAUUAUUUGAACAAUCAACGUCGCACGGGACAAUUUUGUGAUCUUUUGCUCGAACUUGAUUCGGAUGAUGCGAACUGCACUUGUAGUGUUCACUUUUGUGUUGUGGCUGCCCAAAGUCAGUUGAUUGGACUGAAGCAGCAGAAGCAACAACAAUUUUCGAUACACAAUCCAUUAAAGGUUACCAUACGGAACUUUAAUUGCACCAUUUGCUUGCACACCAUCGUGGAUUUCUUCUAUGAAGACAUCGUAUCUGUGUCCAAGGAACAUGAAUCCCACUUUCGUGAGCUGGCCAAAAUUCUUGAAGUGACGGAGCUGUUAAACUUGUAUCAAAUGGAAGAGUUUAGCGAAGUUAGUACUUGCAUUGAGCCAAACACAGCUGGAGUUGGGGAUGUCGAGAAUAAUGUGGAACCAGCUCAAAAGGCGGAUGUUGUCUUUGAAAACCAACAGAGCUACUUCAAGUUGAAGAAUCCACGUGCUGUUAAGUCCAGCAGUAAGAUCAAUUACUGCAUUGGCUGCGAUUUCAAAUGCUAUCAGGUGCAAAAGAUGAUCGAUCACAUGACCAGCUGCGAGCCAUCGCAUCUCACGUGCUCCCUCUGUGAAGUUGGAUUCUUGGACUUUCGGGAAUACGAUGCACAUUUGCGUCGACAUGGCUCAGAUCUGCGCAAACCUUUCUUCUGCCUGCAGUGCGAUAAUCGCUUCAGCACUCGAGCAGCUUUACUCAUCCAUCAGCCAAAACACUCGACGGAAACUCCUCAUGCCUGCACACACUGUGGUAAGUCGUUCAAAUGGAAGCAGGGCUUGAACAACCAUAUGUUGGUACACAAUCCUGAGAAGCAGAUGCUCUGCGACGUCUGUGGCUACAGCACCACACACAUGAAGGCGCUCAAGAGUCACAAGCUGUUGCACACCGGAGAAUUCUUUGUCUGCAGUGUGCCCGGCUGUAAGCAUCAAGCAAAUCGCAAGGAGAACAUGAAGCUGCACAUUGAAACGCACAAGCAAGGUCGCGAUUUCAUUUGUGAAAUAUGUGGCUGCAAAUUCAGCCAGAGUAAGAAUCUCAAGCGACAUGCACUGAAGCACACGGAGGGCGGCUUAAAUCGCUACAAGUGUCAGUUGUGUGGCUUCAGCAGCCAUCGCUCAGACAAGAUGAAGGAGCAUGUGCAGCGCGUUCACACAGAGAAGGCUGUGCAAUUGGAACUGUCGGAGACUGUAGACAGCUCAUUUGAGAACAAAAUGCCAGAUGAUUUUGAUUUGCCACUGUUGGUGGAUACGGCGAAAAUUGUCAAUGGCAAAGAGACGAAGAAAAGAUCACGCAAAGUCGCAGCUGAAGUGAAGCCGGCAUCGAUUGUCAAACGCCUAAAGACACUGCUACCAAAGGAAACUGUUGACUAAGAAGGAAAU